UGUCAUAGGAUGAACCCUGCUGGACCAUUCUUACUGGCUGUGAUAGCGUGUCUUUUGUGGCUCUCCCGGUGCUUUGACCCGGCUCCCAGUGCCUGCUCCGCCUUGGCCUCCGGGGUUCUCUACGGCUCCUUCUCGCUGAAGGACCUCUUCCCCACAGUCUCCACCGGCUGCUCGUGGACCCUGGAGAACCCCGACCCAACCAAGUACUCGCUGUACCUCAAGUUCAACCGGGAGGAGCAGGUCUGCACCCACUACUCGCCCAUGGUUCUGCCCCUGGACCACUACCUCUCCAACGACACCUGCAGCCAGGCGGAAGCCACAGCCCAGCCCCAGGAGGAGGCCGAUGGAGGCGAAGACCGUCUGGAGCUUUGCCAAGGCAGGGGCCCCUUCACCUUUUUCCACUUCGACAAGAACUUUGUGCAGCUGUGCCUGGCAGAGGAGCCCGAGGCCGCCAGCCGGCUGCUGCCGCCUGAGGCCGUGGAGUUCCGCUUUGUGGAGGUGCUGCUAAUCAACAACAACAACUCCAGCCAGUUCACCUGCAGCGUCCUGUGCCGUUGGCAGGAGGAGUGCCUUCGUCUCGGCACCGGCCAGCCCUGUGGCCUCUCGCAGGCCGGCUGCACCUGCCAGGUGCUGCAAGCCCUGCCGGCCCCCCCGCUGUCCAACCAGACGCUCUCCAAUGCCCUGACGCCGCCCGCCACCAGCAGCAGCAGCCGCGAUUGCUGUGUGACCGAAUUGCAUUCUGGGAAUGCGAAUGAUGUAUACUCUUCCGAGAUUAAAUAUGGUGAUGGCGUGCAAGAGGAUCAGAAGGUGAAAACACAGUGGCCGCGGUCAGCGGAUGAACCAGGAGUAUAUAUGGCACAAACAGGAGACCCUGCUGCCGAGGAGUGGUCCCAGUGGAGCGUCUGCUCCCUGACCUGUGGGCAGGGGACCCAGGUGCGAACCCGCUCCUGCGUCUCGUCGCCGUACGGGACCCUGUGUAGCGGACUGCUGCGGGAGACCCGGAUAUGCAAUAACACGGCCACCUGCCCAGUUCGUGGCCCGUGGCAGGACUGGUCCCCCUGGAGUCUGUGCUCGGUGACUUGUGGGCGAGGGUCCCGGACCAGAAUGCGGCCGUGCGCUGCUCUGCAACUGCGCAGGAUGGCCUGCGAGGGGCCCACAGCCCAGACCAAGCCCUGCAGUAUCACGCUUUGCCCUGUGGAAGGCCAGUGGCUGGACUGGGGGUCCUGGAGCCGCUGCUCCGUGUCGUGCUCCAACGGGACCCAGCAGCGCACCCGCAAGUGCAGCGUCGCAGCUCACGGCUGGGCGGAGUGUAAAGGGGCUCACGCCGACGCCAGGGAGUGCUACAACUCAGAAUGCCCAGCCACUGACAGCAAGUGGGGACCCUGGAGCCACUGGAGCUUGUGCUCCAAGACUUGUGACACAGGCUGGCAGCGACGCUUCCGUAUGUGCCAGGGCACAGGCGUGCAAGGCUACCCGUGCGAGGGCAGCGGGGAGGAAGUCAAGAUGUGCAACGAGAAGAAAUGCCCAGCCUACCGCGAGAUGUGCAAGGACGAGCACGCCACGCUGGUGGCUUGGAAGAAGGCGGCUGCCGGCGAGAUGGUCUACAACAAGUGCCCAUCCAACGCCACAGGGUCCGCCAGUCGCCGGUGCCUGCUCAACUCCCACGGGGUGGCCUACUGGGGCGCCCCCAGCUUCGCCCGCUGCAUUUCCCACGAGUACCGAUACCUGCAUCUUUCGCUCCGCGAGCACCUUGCAAAGGGCCAGCGCAUGCUGGCAGGUGAGGGCAUGUCGCAGGUGGUCCGUGGUCUGCUGGAGCUCGUGGCACGCAAGACGUACUACAGCGGAGACCUGCUUUUCUCCGUGGAGAUCCUGCGCAACGUCACGGACACUUACAAGAGAGCUACCUACAUCCCUUCUUCGGAUGAUGUGCAGCGGUUCUUCCAAGUCGUCAGCUACAUGGUGGAUGCCGAGAACAAGGAAAAGUGGGAGGAUGCCCAGCAGGUCUUGCCUGGCUCCGUCCUCCUCAUGAAGGUGGUCGAGGAUUUCAUCCAUCUGGUGGGGGAAGCUCUCAAGGCCUUCCAGACAUCCCUUAUUGUCACGGACAACUUGGUGAUCAGCAUCCAGAGAGAGCCGGUUUCCGCUGUCUCCAGUGACAUCAACUUCCCCAUGAAAGGCCGGCGGGGCAUGAAGGACUGGGCCCGCCACUCCGAAGACAAGAUCUUCAUUCCGAAGGAAGUGCUCAGCCUUUCCUCUUCUGAAACAGACGACUCGUCCUAUUUUGUCAUUGGCGCCAUCUUGUACCGCACGUUGGGACUCAUCCUGCCUCCUCCUAGGAGUCCCCUGGCUGUCAUGUCCAAGGUUCUCACGGUGACAGUGAAGCCACCAACCAAGGCUGUGGAACCCUUGAUUAUAGUGGAGUUGUCCCACAUCAUCAAUGGCACCUCUCACCCACAGUGUGUCACGUGGGAAUACACCAAAGUGGAGGUUGGCGCUGGGAACUGGGACACGGAAAGCUGCCAGACCGUGGAAACCCUGUCGGCUCACACCAAGUGUCAGUGCAGCCAGCUGUCCACCUUCGCCGUGAUUGCCCAGCUGCCCAAAGACCUGGCCAUGGACCCCGGCAGCUCCCCGUCGGUGCCGCUCAUGAUCGGCUGCGCCGUCUCCUGCAUGGCCCUGCUGACCCUGCUGGUGAUCUACGCUGCGUUCUGGAGGUUCAUCAAGUCGGAACGCUCCAUCAUUCUUCUGAACUUUUGUGUAUCCAUUCUGGCCUCCAACGUGCUGAUUCUGGUGGGGCAGUCCCAGAUGCUUAGUAAGGGCGUGUGCACCAUGACAGCUGCCUUCCUCCAUUUCUUCUUCCUUUCCUCCUUCUGCUGGGUGCUGACAGAGGCUUGGCAGUCCUACUUGGCGGUGAUUGGCAGGAUCCGGACACGCCUAGUUCGUAAACGUUUCCUCUGCCUCGGAUGGGGAUUGCCAGCCCUGGUGGUUGCAGUCUCUGUCGGCUUUACGCGGACCAAAGGAUAUGGCACAUCCAGCUACUGCUGGCUGUCCCUUGAAGGAGGACUGCUCUAUGCCUUCGUUGGCCCUGCUGCUGUGAUCGUUCUGGUCAACAUGCUGAUUGGAAUCAUAGUCUUCAACAAGCUUAUGUCUCGUGAUGGCAUCUCAGAUAAGUCCAAGAAGCAGCGUGCUGGCUUCAAGCACCCCCCGUGCAGCAGCUUGCUCUUGAAGUGUUCCAAGUGCGGAGUGGUCCUGAGCCCAGCCGUGCACUCGGCCACCGCCCACAGUGCCAUGGCAUCGCUAUGGAGCUCCUGCGUGGUCCUGCCCCUGCUGGCGCUCACCUGGAUGUCGGCCGUGCUCGCCAUGACCGACCGGCGCUCCAUCCUCUUCCAGGUCCUCUUUGCUGUCUUCAACUCAGUCCAGGGCUUCGUCAUCAUCACCGUCCACUGCUUUCUGCGCAGAGAGGUCCAAGAUGUGGUGAAGUGCCAGAUUGGGGUGUGCAAGAGUGACGAGAACGAAAAUUCCCCAGACUCCUGCAAGAACGGGCAAGUCCAGAUCAUGACAGAUUUUGAAAAGGAUGUUGACCUGGCAUGUCAGACAGUCCUCUUCAAAGAGGUCAAUGCCUGCAACCCGGCCACCAUCACGAGCACCUUGUCGCGCAUCUCCCUGGAUGGGGACGAGGACCCGAAGCUCAGCACCAGCUCCGAGGGCGGCCUGGGCUUCUCUUCCCUCCCGGGCAACAUCCCGGCCACCUCCAUCCUGGUGCAGGUGCCCAAAAUGACUCACAACGUGGUGAAAGGGCUGAACGAGCUCAGCGACCCCCCCGCCAAGAAGGACGUCAACCUGGAGGCUGCCCGGGGGCCGGUCUACCUGUGUGGCGAGAGCACCCUGCGGCAACUGGACUACAGCUGGCUGCGGCCUCAGGAGGCCGCCCUGGAGAGCAACUACAUGGUGCUGCCCCGACGGACGGUGAGCCUUAAGCCCUUCGUCAGGGAGGAGGGCAAGCUCAACAUCCAGCUGGAUGAAGCUCCGGGCCUCGGCAAGGGCCGCCACGUGACUGAGGCAGAGUCCUACCCUGGCUUCACCUCCGUGGACCACAUCAAUGUGAACUUGAACCAGCCCUAUGGGACGGUCAAGCACCCAUACAGCCUCCAGUUCAAGCAGCACCCCACGGUCCGGCAGAUCCUGGCCUCGGAGCUGUCAGAGCGCAGCCGCACCAUGCCACGGACCGUGCCGGGCUCCGCCAUGAAGCUGGGCUCCCUGGAGAGGAAACGACUGCGGUACUCAGACCUGGAUUUUGAGAAAGUCAUGCAUACAAGAAAGCGCCACUCGGAACUUUACCACGAGUUGAACCAGAAGUUCCACACACUGGACCGAUAUCGGGUUCCAGCUACGAAUGCUGCAAAGAGGGAGAAGCGAUGGAGCGUCUCUUCAGGCAGCGGGGAAAAGAAUAUGCCUGGGGAAGUAACCAGCCCAGAGAACCGGCAGCAGAAGCAAAAGUCUUGGAGCACAUUCAAGGCCAUGACGCUGAGCUCCUUGCCUUCCAAACACCGGGAGAAACUGGAAUUGCACUCUGCGGACUGGGAAAAGCAUUGCAUGAGCCUGGACCUGUCAGAGGGAGACUUCCAGACGGAGGUGUGAGCCUCGAGGACUCGGCGAUUUAGCAAACUAUAAAAGUAUAUACAUAUAUAUAUAUAUUUUCACACUGACACUUUGGGAAAAGAAGCAAGACAAGGCAAAGAGGCAGCGCCUUCCCCCUCCAGUGGUUCUGUUGGGGAGGGGUUUUCUUCGAAAGCGUGGCCACCCACAAAGGAGAGGGGCAUGGGGGCAGUGCGCCCCUUCCCCAGCCGACACGUAGACAUGGCCACACAAGGCCCCUCCAUGGUCACCUGCGCCACCUGGCGACCCGAAGGGAAGGGCUUCUUCGCCCACCACCACCACCUGUCUGCCGGCCCACCUCCCCGCAGCGGUUCACCAUUGCCGGGACACCAGAUGCGCUCACACAAUCACGCCAGCCUCCGCCCACCGGAUCUGGCAGGGGUGCCUCCCCUGGGGACAAGAGGACUGUUGCAACUCUCUUUUCUAUCUGGAUCUUUCCUCACGCCCUGCACUGUGUGCACGGCCAGCAGGCUGGGAUAGAAGCUGCCGCCCUGCGACUCCCCACGAGGCCUGCCUCCUUCCGCCCUUCCUUCUCCCGCUCCAGACCGUCCCGCCUGGGCAGCGCGGGGAAGCCGCCCUCCUCUUCCUCCACCCCUUCCACACCAGCUACCCUCCUGGGAAAUGCCCCCCCCCACACACCUUUCUCCCUCAUCCUCUCUCUCGCAGGCCCCGUGGACACUGUUGUUUGUUGGAAAUAAAAAUUCACUCUGUGGACCUUU